AUGAAAACACGUGACAAGAUUGUCGUCAUCUGGUUCUCUUUUCUCUAUCUUGUAAUUUGGGCAUUUUCUCUGGCCAAUUUGUUUCAUGUUCAUUUCUGGGACAAACGACAUGCCUUGUCCACUUUUAUGGAGGACCCCGAAAGCUUGGACAAGGGAUUCACUAAGAUCGGAAAGUCCUACUAUACCAGCUUGCGUUAUAUUUGGUUUCUGCCGCAUGUACUCGGUGCUAUUUUUUGGUGGAACCUCUAUUUUCUGCAACUCAUUCCCAUGAUUCGUCACAACUACAAGCCCUUUCAUCGCAUGUUGGGUCGGUUUCUUCUGACCAUACUAUUGAUCCAAAAUGUCACGGGGUUUGGCCUGGCAUCUACUUCGGGAAGUAACGUUAUCACGAUGGUAUCCUACAUACUGAAUGUUGCCUCUAUCUUUUGCAUCGUGAAGGCCUGGCGGUAUGCCUAUUUUCGAGACAUUGCCCUGCACAAGUAUUGGGUCCUUCGAUUGGUCGGUUACAUGCACACCAUUUCGCUCCAACGAUUCUUUUUGGUUUUGCUCAUUAUCACUCAUUCCAUGGGAUGGGAUGGGCUUUACCCUCAAUUGGACGAAACAACAGCCAGUGAUGAGGAAUGGAUUCAAUUGGUAAAGGGCAUGUUUGACGACUCGUUUGUCCUUUCUAUUUUGUUUGCCAUUUUGAGCACCGAAUGGUACCUGGCGGCUGUAGAAGGAAAGAUGGAAACCCCAAUCGAUAAUCGCAAGAAGGGUGAUAUCAAGAGAAGUGGCCCCAACGAAACGAGCUCGCUAGUACUGGGAGUCAGUCCUUACGGUGCCAUCUCAUCAUAA